CUGCACGAGGCGGGCCACCAGACCGUCGUCGUGAUCCCUGACCGUCCGCUCUCCUGGAUCGGCAAGGCCCACGCCGUCGGAAAGACCCUCACCGCCGCAAGCAGGUGCCCCGCCUCCUUCUCCCCCGAUGACUCCUGCGAUGUCCCCGGGUGCGACGACAACGACGACCGUCUGCACCGCUGGCUGGUCGUCGACGGUCCGCCGGCGAGCUGCACCCAGCUGGGCCUCUUCCACACAGGCUUCACGCCUUCGGACUUCGACCUCGUCGUCUCCGGGCCGAACCACGGCCGGAACGCGAGCACCGUCUACGCACUCAGCAGCGGCACCGUCGGCGGCGCCAUGGAGGCCGCGCAGUGCGGUAGGCGCGCCGUCGCCCUCAGCUUCGGGAGCAAGGAGCCGCAGCCUGAUCACGUCAUCCGGGCCGCCUGCGCGCGGGCUACGGCGCUGAUCGGAGACUUGGCGGCCGAAUGGCAUCCCGAGGUUGAGGUGUACAGCAUCAACGUACCGAUGGUUGCCGACGUCGCGGAGCGCCCGGUGAGGACGACGACCACGGCGCAGGGCCGGUGGGUCACGGGCGGGCUGUUCAGUCCUAUGAUUGCCGAUCCUGAGAAGGCGGCUCUGAAGAGGGAGUACCAGUUCCGGUGGGCGCCGCAGCUUGCCGAUAUCAAGAAGCAGGCUGAGGAGAGCCCCGAGGGAGAGGACUUGUGGGCUUCGGUCAAUGGGGUUAUCAGUAUCGCUCCUUUAAAGGCGAGUUUUACUGCUGUAGACCUGCAAAAGUGA